AUGCUAGAAUCUUGGUAUCAAAAGCUUAAAUAUAAUAUCUUUAGAGAUAUUCUUAUUUAUGAACUGUAUAUUAAUAGAAAUAAUACUGCACAACAACAAUGGAGAUUAGCAGAAAUUCAUAUAGGCAGGAUGAUGCCAACAAAAAAAGAA